GGCUGGAAGUGCAGCGUGGCCUAACCGGAAGCAUGGCGUCGUGGGGGGUUCUGGGAGUUGUAGUCCCGGGGAGUUCUUUUACGCAGUGUUUUGGGGUGCGGGACUGCAAUGCGUGCACUUCGGGACCCCAGGCUGUUCCCACGGCGACUGACACCUCAGACACGCGUGGGAGGGGCGGCGCGCUGGCUAUGGGGCUGUGCUGAGUGCGCGAGAGCGUGGCCGGCACCCACCUGCUACAGGGCCAGCACUGCACUGGGGUCCUGGAGCGGCUCCUCCCAACGUCUCCGCGGGUUGUCGGGUUGUCGAGUUGGGCUGGGGGACGCUACAGGUAGUGGGUCCCGAGCAGCGGCUGGCCCCUUAUCUCACUGCCCCUCCCCGCAGCUCUGCCUCCUCGGACCUCACCGUCCCUUGGAAGCUCGCUCAGGGCACCUACCGCUGUGACCACCUGGACGCAGAAGCUCAGGAUUGGACUUUGUCAGGAAGGUGGGUCCCUCCUCUCAGCACCUCAAGCUUGUUUCUACCCCGGUCUGAGAGCUGCAGAGGCUGGAGCUGGAGUCCCCACCUGAAGGUGUCUGCUUUCCCACAACAGCAGAGAAGAACCAUGGCCCAGGGUGUCAAGUCAGCAAACCAGCUGUGAUCUCCAGUUUGGAGCAGGGGAAGGAGCCAUGGAUGGAGGAGGAAGAGAUAAGGACGUGGAGCUUCCCAGGUUCCCUGACACCAGCCUUAAGAAACCACAGAGAAGGAUGGAAAUGGUAUGAAGAAGAGACUCUUCCUCUUUCCCAAGACUCCUGAAGCCAUUGGUGGCUUCCUUCUUGGUGCGCCUCACUGGCAUAGACGUAAUUCUUCCCAAUCAGCCUUGACCGGCAUGCACGUUCGCCAGCCAGGAGGUUAGGUAGGCAGAGGCUACCUGCACUGACCAUGCCUCUGAGGUUCCUGGCUCCUAAAUGGUCCCUUCAGGAGGUAUUUGUUUUUGAGACAGGGCUUUGCUUUGUUACCCAGGCUGGAGUACAGUCCCAAUCACAGCUCACUGCAGCCUCCACCUCCUGGGCUCGUGAUCCUCCCGCCUCAGCCUCCCAUGUAGCUGGGACUACAGGCACACAGCAUUACACCUGGCCAAUUUUUAUAGAGGUGGGGUUUCACCGUAUUACCCAGGCUGGUCUCAACCUCCUGGGCUCGAGAUCCUCCUGCCUUGGCCUCCCAAAGUGCUCCAGUAUGCCGAGCCCAACAACAUUUUUGAUCAUCACUCUCAAUGUCCCCCUGACUUGGGGUUCUGUCCCUGGAACCUCAGAGAGCCAGAGGCUCCAGCCUUGUGCUGCAGCCAAUUGCUCCAAAUUCUGUUGGAUCCUCCCCUAAAAAUGCCCCUUGGCAUUUGCCAUCAGUUACCAUCAAUCUCAGAUGAGGUACCUGCAAUAAAUCAGCUUCAUGGUCAGUACUGCCUCAAAUUACUAGAAUCACGUCCAUCUGCACACCCAGCCAAAGGUCAACCACCCAGUCUUCCUCUGGACUCACUGAACUGAGGCACAUCCUUCUCCUCCUCCUCUGUUUCUUCAUAUAUCCCAAUCCUCGAGACUUUAUAUUCCUUUAAAGAUGCCUUAAAGAAUUAAAGGUAGAUCUACCAUUCGAUCCA